AAUCAGAAAACAAAUUAAUAUUUAUCCAACAACAAGAAUCAGAAAUACCAUCAAACAACCAAAAUGGCCUCGCCACCAGAAAGUCCCAUCGAGGAGGUGGUCUAUGAAUUGGAACACACACGCGUGCCUAAACCCAUACCUGUUGCCCUGGAGGAUCUGUGCCGCCAAACCAAAUUCACUAAGCAGGAAAUUCGCGUCAUGUAUAGAGGAUUUAAAACGGAAUGUCCCGAGGGUGUGGUACAUGAGGAUUGUUUUAAGGAUAUUUAUGCCAAAUUCUUUCCACAUGGCAAUUCCAGUUUAUAUGCUCACUAUGUGUUCAAAGCGUUCGAUGUUAAUUGCAAUGGCGCCAUUAGUUUUCGGGAUUUACUGGUCACGUUGUCCACACUGCUGCGGGGCUCAGUCUAUGAACGGCUGCGCUGGACCUUCAAAUUGUACGAUUUGAAUGGUGAUGGUCGCAUCAGUCGCGGCGAAUUAAGUGAAAUUGUAUUGGCCAUACACGAGCUUAUGGGCAGAAGACCGCAUCAACCUGAAGAUGAUCGCAAGGCGAGAGAUCAGGUGGAUAGAGUUUUUCGCAAAUUGGAUUUGAAUCAAGAUGGAAUUAUAACGAUAGAGGAAUUUUUAGAGGCCUGUUUAAAGGACGAUUUGGUAACACGUUCAUUGCAAAUGUUCGACAAUGACCUUUGAUGACAGGAAGACGACGACGAAGUGGCCGUAAUACGCAAUUCAAGGACUAUAAUAUCGCUUAUAGAUCUAUAAAUUGAAAAUAAUAUUAAAGUAAAGUAAGCAAAGUAAUUGCAAAUACAACAAAACAAAAUGAAACACCACUGACAAAAAAAUUGAAGUUAAACAAAAAAUGAAACAGCGACAGCAACAGAUUAAAUGAUUAAAACAAAACAUACAUAUUAGCAAUUAAUAUUAGUUUAGGCAAAAACCAAAUAUCGAGAAAACAUGAAUAAAAUUUAACAGCGCAGCAGCAACAACAACAACAACAACAAUACAAACAACAAAAAGGAAUAUGUAAUUUUUUAAGCAUAUUAUGAAUUUAAUCCUGCCGUCAAAAGCGAAUUGGUCUUAUAUGUAUAUGUAUUUACUAUAUACAUACUUAUAAUAUGUAGAUAUUUAUUCACGAAUAUACAUUUAUGGAAUGUAUAUUAAAGAAUAAACUUUAUUUUCAACAAAACAAAACUAAACCACCAACAAAAUCAAACAAAGAAACCAAGAAACACUUAACAGGAAUUGGUAUCAAGAAUUUACUUUAAUUGCAUUUUCAUUUC